AGUAGAUUCCCCCUCGACAUGAAGAGUUUCAUUGGAAUCGUGGCAGCAGCCGCUUUGACGCACAUCGCAUCAGCACACUACAUCUUCCAGGCCCUCGCACCCGGCACGGCCCAGGGAAUUGUGUAUGAGUAUGUGCGACGAAAUACCAACUACAACUCUCCUGUAACCGACCUGAGUUCAAACGACCUGCGAUGCAAUGUCGGUGGUGAAACCGGGGGAAACACGACGACGUUGGAGAUAAAGGCCGGUGAUCCAUUUACCUUCACGCUCGACACGGCCGUCUAUCACCAAGGACCAAUCUCGAUAUACAUGUCAAAGGCCCCAAGCACGGCUGGAGAGUACGAUGGAAGCGGGCCAUGGUUCAAGACACUCGACAUUGGUCCCGACUUUAGCGGUGGCCAAGCUCAAUGGACCAUGAAGCAACAAUACUCCUCGACCAUCCCAACCUGCAUCCCCGCGGGCGAGUACCUCCUGAGAAUCCAGUCUCUCGCCAUUCACAAUCCUGGCGGUGUACCGCAGUUCUACAUAUCGUGCGGCCAGGUCAAGGUAUCAGGGGGAGGAUCUGCUUCGCCCUCGCCAACUGCUCUGAUCCCAGGGGCUUUCAAGGCUACUGACCCGGGAUAUACUGCCAAUAUUUAUGACCCUAGCUUCAAGUCUUACACGGUUCCGGGACCUAACGUCUUUACAUGUUAA